AUGGCGGAAAAGGUUGACAGGAGUUCUGGCGUCACAACAAUCAUGGUGUUCCAGGAAAAAAUGAUGUUCAUGUGCGUGGCUGUAGCUGCGUUUUUAUUUUCGGCUGUGUUGUGUACCGUAUACGCUAAAGACUUGAGAAGUGCUUUAGCAACCGGACUUUUGCAUAAAAUCGUCGAGUAUGAUAAUAAUGCUGAAGCUCGUUAUGUGAUCGACAGGCUACAGACCUCAUUUGAUUGUUGUGGUAUAGGCGGCGCUGGAGACUACGAAGAUCUGUCGAUGGUCGAUCUCUACGGAGCCACCAAUCCUUUACCAAAAGACAAAACGCUCUCCUCAUGCUCUGGAGAGCACACCACUUGCCUUUAUCCGCUGUCGUGUUGCUUGUCAGUGGAAUGUACUGAAUAUCGAUUGGCUGAAUUAAAUAUCGAAGGUGAUGUGUUCCACGAAAGGUGGUACAAAAGCAGAGGUAUUGCUUCUAACUGA